GGACAUCAGUUAUUGGCAUUCCGUAAUGUACGCUUGGACCAAGCAGGGGAAAUUACUUGUAAAUUGAAGAAUGAUCUAGGGGAAGCAACAUGCGUAGCUCAGUUAGUUGUGAUGGAAGAUCCCAGACGUCAUGGACCAGAAGUGAAGCCACCAAAGUUCAUCAAGAAGCCAGUAGAUACAGAAGUGGAUAUGGGAGGGGAUGUGAAGUUAGAGUGUACUGUAGCUGGGGAACCAGAACCUGAUGUUACUUGGUUCUUUGAGGACAGAGAAUUAUUUGAAUCCCACAGGCGUAUAAUCCGUAAGAGUGGUAACAACCAUGUUUUGAAGUUAAGAAACAUGGCUGCCAUGAAUGCUGGGAAAUACACCAUAAGAGCUGUCAAUAUGGCUGGGGAAGCUAGCUGUACCUUUAAACUCGGUGUUAAUGAAGUAGAGGAGAUUCCAGAUAGACCCAGUGCUCCGUCAUUUGCUAGUCGUAUAUCAGAUGCCAGAUCUCUAAAGGGAGGUAAAGUUCGUUUCGGAUGUAGGACUAUGGGUAUACCUCAACCAGAAAUACAAUGGUGUAAAGAUGGACGACCAUUAACCUCUACUGACCAUGUCCAGAUUGGACGUGAUGCUACAGGUUUCUAUUUGACUGUAUCUGACGUAGCUCCAGAAGAUGAAGGAGAAUACAGCUGCACCAUUAGAAAUGACUCUGGUAAAGCUAGCUGUUCUGCCAGAUUACAAAUUGGAGGUAUGGAGAGAAAUAUUAUUACAUAA